AUGCCCGCCGGCAUUCCGAAAGAGCUAGAGUUAUCUCACCUUGACCAGCAGCCACACAUACGCGUGUAUGGCCGCUACUACAUCAUCUUUCCUUUUCCGGACAUCAGUCGCGCCCAUGAAGCAAAAGAGGCGCUGCACAAUGGCUUCAAAGAAGUUCUGAGACAGUUUCCAUAUCUUGCUGGCACUGUGGACUUGGACCCCUCUACCGACCUUCUCCGCGUGCAAUACCCCGACCCUAUCGAUCUCGAAGCCGAAGCACGCCGUAUAUUCACAGUCAGUUACGAUGAUGCACAACAUAACUAUGAUUCACUUGCAAAAGACGCCUUUCUUCCAGACGAGCUGCCCGCUACUAUCUUUUGCCCAAAUGAGCUGAAACACCACGCUGGACUGGGCGAAGAUGCGUAUGCCGAAAGGAUGACAAGCUUUUCGAAAGGACCGUUGCCAACCUUUGCAGCUCAGGCUACCUUCAUUCCCGGAGGUUUGAUACUGAGCGCCUGGUGGUAUCAUGCCGUUGUCGAUGGCACGGGCAACGGAAGGAUCCAAAAGAUUUGGUCUGAUGCAGUACGAAACUUGAAUCCUGAGAAGAAGAAACUACCGCCAGUUCGUCCGCCUGCCAGAUACUAUCGUGUACCAAGCUAUAAGGAUCAGCUCCAACCAUUGAAGGACAUCGUCAAAGAAUGGAACGUAAUACCAGAUCCGUCAUCGGCGCGCCAAGCGCUCGCAACACUCGUUCAGGAAGCCGAUGCGGCAGGCCAGUCUACCAACGCACCUGAGAAGCCAUUCGCUAAGCGCUUUGAGCUUCGUAAAGGGCCGGAUGAAGGAUCUAACAAAGUCGUCGCCGAAAUGUUUCGCUUCUCAUCGCAAGCUAUCGCAGACCUCCGCAACGAGCUAUCCAUAAAGAUUGGGAAGCGUGUAUCUAACUUCACCGUACUGUCAGCCAUCGUCUGGGCAAAUGUCAUACGUGCUCGCUCAAAAUCGAUCACCGCUUCGGGUAACACGCAGUCGACCCUUGCCGUCGUUGUAGACCUCAGAAAGUUCCUUCCACCGCCCUUCUCAUCCCCAGAUUAUCUCGGCAAUCUGGUACUGUCUGCUACACCCACCUUGGAUCUUGAUGGCGCUACGGCCUCUCUUGAGGACAUCGCAGCCAAAAUCACAGACGCUCUGCAGGCCAUCAACGCGACAUGGGCAGUCACCCAGAUCAACAGCGUCCUGACCAACCCUGCAGAAGCGCAGCAAUCCCUUUUGAAGUUCCCUAAGGGCCCAGACCUAUACAUCACUAGUUGGCAAAGGAUGGGAGCUGACAGGGAGUGGUGCAUCCCAGGAACGAGCAAGCCAAACGCAACUGCUAUUCGCCGAGCAGCGUGGGUCAGCGAAGGUGGCAUCGUGGUCUUGCCCAGAGAAGAAGACAAAGAAGGACAAGAGGGGGAGCCGUAUGAAAUCAUGAUCAGUCUUACACAGGCCGAUAUGGAAAGAUUCAGAGACGGGUUGGAGAAUGCCGGAUUGUUGGUGGACUCGGCUUACAGGCCUGGCAAGGUCGUCGCUUGGCGUGACAUUUUCUCUCGUCGUCUCACCGGAUUCGGACUGGCCUACGGUGGUGCGCUCUGCCUCUUGACUGUCAUUAUCUGUGUGUGCACUCUGUCCCAGUCUGCGCGGAUAGCUGGUAUUGCACAGGGUCCUGCUCAGGAAGAACUCAGGUAG